AUGAGGACAGAGCCAUCGGAAAUGACUGAUGUGGAGCUUGGCGUCGACAAUUUUGCAUCUUCAGCAAGGGCAGGACGCCGGAAUGCCAUCCCAGACAUCCAGGGUUCAGCUGGGACAGGUGGGACUUCCGAGUUGCCCUUCAAACUGGAGACCCUCUCCAUAAAGGAAGAUGUAAAAAAGAAAGAUGAAGGAAAAACACAAGACCAAACGGAAAAGCCCCCAGAUGAAGGAAAAUGA